GCUUCGCUUAUUUUGUCUUCGGCAAACCAGAUGACACAGUAUCCACGGCAUUUUGCGAUAUUCCUACAACCGUUGUGGCUAUAUAUUGCGUGUCAUUGUAAAACUGUCUGAACCAGCGUCAACACGAAAAUGCAGAUCUGUCUCUUCAUUAUUGCGGGAAUACUGUGUUUAAUUGGAGUAUCAGAGUGCCUUGAAUGCUUCAAUUGUCGGAAUAUCGCUGAUCAGCAUUCUUGCACAAACACUGUUCAAUGUUCAAGUACUGAGUCCUGCUAUUUGCAAACGCUUCAUUCCGGCAACGAAGUACGUUACAACAUGGGCUGUCAGAACAAUCAGCUGUGCAGUUCAGUAGCUGUUGACCCCAACGGUAUCAUUGGUCGCUCCAUCCAGAAGAGACAGCAGUACGUUUGUCAUGAAUGUUGCAGCAAUAACCACUGCAAUGAACAGCUAUGUGCCCACAGAAAACCAACAUCGUGCAUUGACGACGCAACAUUUGACUGUGCCCAUAUGAACUCUAUCCUCAACAUCUGUGCAGAUAUUCAGCACGCAAAAAUCAUUUGUCCAAAGUUUUGCGGACUCUGUCAGCUCGUUGAUGGCAACUGGGAAGACUGGGGUGAGUGGUCAUCGUGUAGCGUUUCGUGUAGUAACGGAACUAAAACCCGCACACGUACCUGCUCGAACCCGCCCCCUUCCAACAAUGGACUUAACUGCACCGGGCCGAAUAUUGAGUCAAAGAUGUGUGCGAACCAACUUUGUCCGGUACAUGGCAACUGGUCAGAUUGGUCCAUGUGGUCAAGUUGCUCAGCUACUUGUGAUGUGGGAGUUAGAAAGAAGACAAGGACGUGUACCAAUCCUAAACCAGAGCGGUCCGGGGACUAUUGCGUCGGUGAACCUAGUGAAUAUACAGGAUGCUUUAAUGAACCCUGCGGCGCCAGGAUACACGGCAACUGGUCAGAUUGGUCCCAGUGGUCAGGUUGUUCAGUGUCCUGUGAUGUGGGACUCAGAAAGAGGGCAAGAACCUGUACUAAUCCUAAACCAGACCGAAAUGGAGACUAUUGUGUCGGUGAAUCAACCGAAUAUACAGUGUGCCCAUGCAACAUCAGCAACGGUGGCUGGUCGAGUUGGGGUUCUUGGAACAGCUGUUCAGUCACAUGUGGAGUUGGACUGAAGCUAAGGAACCGAACCUGUACCAACCCGAGCCCCACAUUGUACGGCAAGGCAUGUGAGGGAAACUCCGAGGCAUUUGACGUUUGUGUCAGUACACCAUGCCAUUUGCUAGCCUUCAACGCUCACGGACUAAAUGCGUUGUCAAAUAAUGUUAAUGCAUUUCCAACUGUAAUCGUCAACGAAGGGAAUGCGUACAAUUCCACCACUGGACACUUCACAGCUCCUGUAGACGGAAUAUACUACUUUACAGCCCAAAUCUGCACUUAUCCCGAAAACGGUGUUUACUUUUACUUGGAAAAAGGUAGUGAAAACAUGAGCGUCAUGGCACGUCUUACAGCUUCCUAUCAGGCCGAACAUUCUUACGUAGCAUGUACAUCAGCCUCCAGCUCUGUGAAGCUGACCAGGAAUGAGCACGUGUGGGUGCUGUUCGAAAGUCAAUACAAUGCAACACAGAUAGAUGAAAGUGGUCAAAAUGUUUGGAAUGCAUUUACAGGAACGUUGAUUCAAGAGCUUUCAUAAAUUAAUGAACUAUU